AUGUGUAUAGUGGAGUUUACAGAAGCAAGUUCUGAAAGUCCUGAUGAAUACUUAAAAGUGGAGAUAGUAGAUGAUAAUGCAAGCUAUAAUUUAAGAUCUGUAAGUAAAAAGAAAAGAGAAGAUAGUAUAGGAGAAUUAAAUGAACAUUU